AUGAAGCUAAGGAUGAUGCUGAUUAACCUUAGGUCCCUCUGGGAUCUCUUGUUUAGUGCUGAAGAUGCCUCCUGUAUCAGGUUUCUUUUUGUUCAUAUUUCAGUGUCUAAGAUGGAAGAUACCUCAUCCUCAUUAGCCGAUUUGGGUGAAGGAGAAUCAGAAAAGAAGAUGAAAUUGUAUGAAACAAUGGGAGAUUGUUCUGCUGAAAUUGGUAUCUUCAAGCAGGCUUUGGAGUAUUACCACUCAAUGUUGACCUGUGCAGAGACCUUACAGAAACCAAUGAAGGAAAUGAUCCCAAUUUAUGUCUCGCUUGCUCAGACAUAUGCUGAUGAUAAACAAUUCGCACAGGCCAUAGAGUACUACAACAGGGAAUUGAUCUGUCGACAGGAUGACAAGGAACAGAUGUGUCGUACAUGGCUCAAUAUAGCUGAUUGUCAGGAACAAAGGGGAGAUAAAUAUGAUGCUGUCAGCGACUCUCUAGUAAAAGGCUUUCACUGUGCUAAAGAAGCUAAGCACCGAAGACUCCAGGUGCAUGUUUUGAAGUCUUUAUUAGAGGUCCAGAAGGCAUAUAAACAGUCCACCAAUCAAGUGGAAGAGAAAUGUCAGCGCCUUAAGGAGAAGUACAAUGUAAACAGUGAUGAUGAACUGUCGGAGGAAGAGCAGGACUCCCAAAAAUCUGAUGGUGUUGAAGAUGAUGGCAACCUUAGCAUUGAUGACUUGACAGAAUCGGAGCAUAGUUCCUGUGAUGAAGAAAAUGUGACGAGGGUGACAGCCCCAGUCCGUGGUGUAGCAAGGAGAGUUACCACAAAGAGAAAUGAAAAAGGAGAAACUGCAUUGCAUCGAGCAUGUAUUGAAGGAAAUCUAAAAAAAGUGAAAAAACUUGUUGAACAGGGUCACCCUGUCAAUCCGCGUGACUACUGUGGAUGGAUUCCACUUCAUGAGGCUGCCAACCAUGACCAUAGCGAGAUUGUAAGCUAUUUGUUAGAGCAUGGAGCUGCAGUGAAUGACCGCGGAGGCCAGCACUGUGGAGGGGUAACCCCGCUGAUAGAUGCAGCUAAUUGUGGUAACUUAGAGGUGAUGAGGGUCCUGAUCGCACAUAAGGCCAACAUGCUGGCAAAGGAUGACGAGGGUAACACAGCUCUGUCCUGUCUUAGACAGUGGAGGGAGAGAUGUGAUGAUGCCUUAGAUAGCAAUGUGCUGAUGGCAUAUGAAGAGAUCUACAGAUCACUGAGUUUACAUGUCCGAGGAGGAGCAGCCAGCAGAUCUCCGGAGGAUAUUUCUUGCCUGUCAGGGAGGACCAUGAGUAGUAGCACUAUGUCUAGUACAUCAACAGAUAUUGACCCCCUCAGCAAACCUGCCCGCAAUAGGACAAAAAGGAGCCUGAAUAUGAGAAGAACAAUAUCGUCUGAUGAAUCUGGUGAUAGUGACACAGAAAAUGUGACAAGGCAAAUGUCAUGCCCAUCACCACUUAUAGAGGAUGAUAGUGAGGAAGUGUACCCUAACCCAUUAACACAAGCUCCAGUAUCAUCUAAUGCCACCCAUUCCUACAGACAGGCUAUACACCAGGUAGGAAGCAGUGCUGUAAGGCGCAAGGCACCACAGGCAAGUUCCAAUCAUGUUACGAAGUCACUAAACAGCAAAGACUCUGCUGCCUUAAUAUCUGCAGACGAGUAUGUUGAUGACUGGUUGAUAGAUGAUAUGCGACCUGCUGUGAAAAGGCGGAGGCUUAAUAUUGAGAGCAGUGACAAAAACAAGGAGACUUCAGUGGAACGUACUGUUAAAGAGGAUACUGUGUCAUUAGAUUCUCAAAGCCUUGCAAAUGACAAUGUUAACUUGGAAAGUCUGAGUGAUAAUGAUGACAUAAUGCUGCUGAAUGAGGAUGACGAUUUCUGUGAUGAUUUAUUUCCCCUUGCAUUGAGAAUUUCCCGCAUUAACAGAUCUAAUGUUCUGUCAGACAUAUCUGUGCCAGCCCCUUGCACAUCCUCGAUGACCGAUGCCUUUGCAAUGACCAAUAAGCCGAAACAAAUGAGGAUGACUCAGUUUGCAGUUCGACAGACAGACACCAUACAAUCCAGCUUGCCACCUGAGACUCUCUCCCAGAGGAGUGGGGUUAAUAUGAAUCAGAUAUCCAGUUCAGCAGUAGGUCAGGUCAUGAGGGUCAAGGUCAGAGUCAAGGACAAACUCCUACUGGUGCCAGCUCCUAAUGGUGGAGAAGGUAAGACUAUUGGAUGGCUUGCCCAGGAGACGUCCCAGAGGUAUUAUAGUCUGUGUGGAUUACGUCCCUUUCUUACCCUGACAACAAAGGACGGGGCAUUCCUUACACCUGAUGACCCUAUAAGUCUUGUUCUGUCAGUAGAUGAAGAGGUUCAGGGAAGUGUGGACAAUUGGGAUAUGCCAGCUUUAACCCAGAGAUAUGACCAGGCUUGUAGAACUCUUCAGACAGUGAGCUACAGAAAUGUAAGGACCAUUCUACAGAGCUGUGAUGAUGGUGGUAAUCUGGAACUACAGAAUUUAGCCCUGGGUCCUGCCCAAAUUCUCCCAGUGUUCAGGGCAAUACAGUGUCAAUCUAACCUAAAGAUUCUCAAUCUCACAGGUAAUCGUGUGGGAGAUGUUGGGUUGGAGGGAUUUCUGAAUGUGUUGGGUUCCCUUCCCAAUUUAUCCUCUUUAAGUCUUGCUGGUAACAGAAUCACCAGUGUAGCAGUUAAACAACUGGCAGACACAUUGCUAGGCACUGCAUCUACUGGAGCAAUUCUACAGAACCUGCGCUAUCUUGACCUGAGUCACAACUCCUUGGGAGAUUCAAGUUGUCAGUCACUAACUACUGUUCUUGCAUGUCUACCCUGCAUCAACAACAUCUGCCUCUCGUCAUGUGACCUCACAGCCAAGUUCUUCCAGCAGCAUCGGAUUGCUUUGGCAAAAGCCCUUGAAAAGUGUGACCUGCAGUGUCUGGAUGUUUCGUACAACAAAUUUGGAGCCCUUGGUAUAGAGCUGCUUCUGAUGAGUCUCAAUGCUACCAGACUCACCCAACUGAUUGUAGCUGGAAACAUGACAGCUGCCAGUGCAUCUUCACAUCUACUUUUGCACCUACAGAACUACCUGUCACAGGAGGACUGUGUACUGGAAGAAUUGGAUAUUUCAAGUUCUCAUAUAUCUUCAGAAGGUUUAGACUUCAUAGUGAGGAUACUGGAGUCAGGAAAAUGCCUGAGGGUCUUACGACUCUCGGGUAAUCCCAAACUGACAAAUUCAGUUGUACGUCGCAUUCUGGAGAAGUCUGUUCAAGAUGACACUAUACUGGACAAAUUAAAUGUAGAAGGAUGUGGCUUGAAGUCUCCCUUAGACACGUCAUUCCUUGAUGCCAUCUCUGACAAGCUAGCCACUCCUCAUCCGCUCCGUACCCUGAGUUUGACAUGUGCAGGGCUUGACAAAGUAGACAUUGAAAGUCUAGGUCAGAUAUGGUCUGGGCAAUGGAAAGACCUAGGAAAAAUAGACAUAACUGAUUCAUUAGUUAAGCUCUGGGUUUUAGAUGUGUGA